CUUCCAGGAGAACUUCCACCUGAACUCAUCCAGCUGCCUUAUCUGGAAAUCAUUGAUUUUGCUUAUAACUACCUAACAGGUUCCAUUCCACCUGAAUGGGCUGCAUUGCCAUUGAAGUACAUCUCUCUUCUUGCAAACCGGUUAUCAGGGAAUAUCCCAAGCUAUUUGAUGAACUUCACUAGUCUUACGUACUUGAGCCUUGAACUAAACCAAUUUUCUGGAACGGUCCCUCGAGAAAUUGGGAAGUUAGCUAACUUCAAAACUUUGAUGCUAUCCUCCAAUAAUUUGAGCGGAAAUUUGCCAAUGGAACUUGCUGAGAUGAAAAACCUGACUGAUUUUAGGAUAAAUGACAACAAUUUCAAUGGGAGCAUACCUGAUUUUAUACAAAACUGGAGUCAACUCAGCAGGCUAGAAAUGCAAGCUAGUGGGCUAACAGGACCCAUACCAGCAUCAAUCUCAGUUUUAGAAAACCUAUUUGAUUUGAGGAUUGCUGACAUAAAUGGAACAAAUCAGGCUUUUCCUGAUCUGAGUAGAAUAACAGGUCUUUUAUGGAUAGUCCUGCGGAACUGUAACAUUGCAGGAGAGAUCCCUCCAUACGUCUGGGGAAUGAACAACCUAAGAACUUUGGAUCUCAGUUUCAACAAUUUAAAAGGGGGGCUUCACACUUCCAUAAUCACUCCAAAUCUGCUAUUUGUCUUUCUAAAUCACAACCUGCUCAGUGGAAACAUACCACUCAAUAUCAGGAUAGGAAUAGAUGUGGAUCUUUCUUACAAUAAUUUCACAAGGCAAAGACUGAGUCAGCCUGCUUGUCAGCUAACAAGGCAAAUAAAUCUAAACUUGUACCGGAGUUCUUCAAUGAGGAAUGACUUAGGUGGAGCAUGCAUGGAAGAUCCUAAAUGUGAUCGAUAUUGGCACUCUUUAUAUGUUAAUUGUGGUGGAAAUACUGAGAAAAUAAAUGGGAUUGCAUAUGAAGGAGACAAAGAAGAUGUUGAUGGUGCUGCAAGAUUUCAUCAGAGUAACAAUAACUGGGGAUUCAGUAGCACUGGAGAUUUUCUGGAUGACAAUGAUAAUAAGAACAUAGCUUCCCAUUCUACAAAUGUUUCAUCACCAAACCUUAAUGUAUUGUACAGUACAGCUCGGCUGUCUCCUCUUUCGCUUACUUACUAUCGAUAUUGUUUAGAGAAUGGAAGUUAUAAUGUGAUUCUACACUUUGCUGAGAUCCAAUUCACAAAUGAUAAAUUAUAUAAAAGUCUUGGGAGGCGCAUUUUUUAUAUUUAUAUUCAGGAAACUUUAGUAAAGAAGGAUUUCAAUAUAAAAACUGAAGCCUCUGGUGUUCUUAAACCAAUCACAAAAACAUAUACUGCUAAUGUUUCAAAUGGUAUCUUGGAGAUUCGCUUCUAUUGGGCUGGCAAAGGUACUGUCAGAAUUCCCACUUUUGGAGUCUAUGGAUCCCUAACAUCAGCUAUUUCUGUGAAUCCCGACUUCAAACCUCGUUUUGAAGGUCGAAAGAAAAGGAUCACACCCAUUGUUAUUGGAGUUGUAGGAUCUUGUCUUCUAUACUUAGCAAUGGGUAUCAUUUUGUGGAGAUGCUACUGCAAAGUGAAGAGUGGGAAGAAAAAAGGUCUUCAAGGACUAGAAAUCCAAACAGUUUCUUUUACCUUAAAGCAAAUUAUUGAUGCCACUAACAAUUUUGAUGAAGUAAACAAAAUUGGAGAAGGAGGAUUUGGACCUGUUUACAAGGGUUUGCUAGCUGAUGGUACCAUGAUUGCUGUUAAGCAGCUCUCGUCUAAGUCAAGACAGGGUAAUCGCGAAUUCUUGAACGAGAUAGGCAAGAUUUCAUGUUUGCAGCAUCCGAAUCUUGUGAAACUACAUGGCUGUUGUAUACAAGGAGAUCAAUUGUUUCUAGUGUAUGAAUACAUGGAAAAUAACAGCCUUGCUCGUGCUUUGUUCGGUCCAAAACAGCACCAAUUGAAGUUGGACUGGCAGACCAGGAAGAAGAUCUGUGUUGGAAUAGCUAAAGGUUUAGCCUUUUUACAUGAAGAAUCAAGACUCAAAAUUGUUCAUAGAGACAUCAAAGGCACUAAUGUUCUCCUUGAUAAGAAUCUAAAUCCUAAGAUAUCAGACUUUGGGUUGGCUAGACUUGGUGAAGGGGAAAAAACCCACAUUAGCACUAAAAUUGCUGGAACCAUGUAA